AUGGCGCAUUGUGCGUCCGGAUGUGCCUGGGAUGAGAAUGAAUAUCGAGUGAGAAAAGGACCCCAUGUGGCCGAAUUGGUGCGACCGGGCCAAUUGACUCAAACGUCACUUGGCGCCAUCGAAGAAGGAUUCGCAAAGAAAGGAAGGAAGGCAUCGAACGGUCGUAAAGGAGGUCGUAGAGGAGGUCUCACGGAGCAGCGCGGCGGUGCAGUCGUCAUCAUGCUGCGAUUCCUGGUGCUUGCGGCUUUCGUCCUCGAGUCCGUGGACGAAUCAGCGGGCAUAUGGACCACUUUCCACCUGCUGAAACAAGACUGGAAGUUUUGGCCCCUGGCCGGAACUGGGAGGGAUGUCGUGAAGGCGAGAGGUUUGGUGGAUUGUGGUUCCAUUUGCCACUCACUUUGUCCCGCUUGCAACAGCUUCAACUGGUACCCUGGAAAUCUAACAUGCGAGAUGGUGAACACGGUCAAUGCCUUCUUGGAAAAUGCACCUGGAGCAAUAGCCUACGUCAAUGCUUCCAGCAUGUGUAAUACGAGUCCACCUGCUUUUGAGAAUCGAACCAUGAAUUUCUCCGAUAGAUGGAAUGGCAGCCUGCCUGCACCUUUCCUAUCAGAAGUCUCAUACGAUUGCCCAUUAUUUUCCCGGUGCCCGCCUCUUGUACCCCUCAAAGCCAAAUGUGUCGGACCAAAUACUUGGCAACUCCUGAAUGUCAACGUCACUCCUCCUUGCUCAGCAAACACACAAGGCUACGAGCUCUCGACAGAAGACGGUCGGAUGUACAAACGUUACCCAGGACCCAUGAAUAGAACAGAGGCCAGUCGUGUUUGUUGCCAGGAUGGGGCAAUACUUGCUUCCGACACGAGUGGCAUCACCUAUGGUUCGAUCCGAAUGGUCGCCCCGGACACCACCGAAGCAAUUGUCCAAGGUGCCACUGAUGAGGUCGUGGAAGGCACGUGGAUCUACGAGGACUCAAGUUUCAGUCAAGUAAACAACACGCCGAUAGCAUCCUACAAUUGGUGGGGAACGAACGACAGCCUCCCAGUGGGUCUGCAGAAAGCCCCAAACGGCGGACGAGACAAGAAUUGCCUCAGUCUUUUGGCGGAGUACUGGUUCGACAUCCCUUGCUCCAUCGAGCUCCCCUUCGUUUGCCAGUACUACUAA